UUGUACAUGUAUAAAAGGCUGUCAAUGCAGGCUUUUAGUUUUCCUUACAAUUUCAAAAACAAUCGGGAAUGAAGUUUGUAAAACUGAUCAAAAAAGGUCAGGUAAUAUUGGUAGUUGGCAUCGAAGACGAUGAAACUAAAAUAAAAUGGGCUGCUAAGAUGAUAAAUAACAAGAGAAUGAAAUAUAGAAAGUCGAAUAUUAAAACGUGUAGACAGGAGGCGGGGCUUCUGGCCAUGUCAGAGAAUCGAUUUGUGUCGUCUGCAAUACAACAACGGAAUCAGAGUCAAUUGAGAACAUGCAGAAACAAAUUCAAGUUACGGCAAUAUCUUCUUCACAUGAUGCACCAGCUCAUGGUUUAUCGACGGUUCCGAAUUCAAGAAAAACAGCUACCUCUGGAACCGUAUGUCAAUACGUCACCUGUGCCUGUGUCAACCAUAUCAAGUUACGUCAGUCAGUCUACUGUUCAUAAUGUGACGCAACCAGGUUACGUCAGUCUGUCACCAGUUCCCAAUGUGACGCAACCAGGUUACGUCAGUCCCUCUGCAGUUCAUAAUGUGACGCAAGCAGGUUACGCCAGUCUGUCACCAGUUCCCAAUGUGACGCAACCAGGUUACGUCAGUCAGUCUACAGUUCACAAUGUCACACAAGCGGGUUGCGACAACCAGCCACCAGUUCCCAAUGUGACGCAAGCAGGUUACGCCAGUCGGUCUACAGUUCACAAUGUGUUGCAAGCAGGUUACGUCAGUCAUUCUACAGUUCAAGAUGUGACGCAACCAGGUUACGUCAGUCCCUCUGCAGUUCAUAAUGUGACGCAAGCAGGUUACGCCAGUCUGUCACCAGUUCCCAAUGUGACGCAACCAGGUUACGUCAGUCAGUCUACAGUUCACAAUGUCACACAAGCGGGUUGCGACAACCAGCCACCAGUUCCCAAUGUGACGCAAGCAGGUUACGCCAGUCGGUCUACAGUUCACAAUGUGUUGCAAGCAGGUUACGUCAGUCAUUCUACAGUUCAAGAUGUGACGCAACCAGGUUACGUCAGUCAGUCUACAGUUCAAGAUGUGACGCAUCCAGGUUACGUCAGUCAUUCUACAGUUCAAGAUGUGACGCAACCAGGUUACGACAACCAAACACCAGUACCUCACAUGCAUCAUGCGGCUGCUAGCACCACCAAUACUCGGUCGUCCACGUUCCAUUGCCCCUCUAACCCACCCCGAAAUGAUUCUGAGAAUGUAAUAUCACUGCAAAGACCAAGUCCAACACCAAUCACAACCGAGAUCUCAUCUCCGGCGAUUACGUCAUCAGUAAACACCCAGCCGCCAAAUCGAAUGCCGCGUCACAAAAGGCGUUCUCACAUCAAAGCUGAAGUAAAGCGACGUCAUAAAAUCCAAGACCGAUUUGACGAGUUAAGAAAGCUAGUUCCUGCUAUUGCUGACAGUGUCAGCAGAGAAAGUAAAUCUACUUUGCUAUUCAAAGCUAGUGAGCGGUGUCAAAGUUUAGAAAGAGAUAUCCAAGAACUUCAUCAAGAAACUGUUGCCCUCAAAGAGCAGAUCCGCGUGAUGACGUCACAGCUUGAACAUGUUCAGAAUGAACUGCCUGUCGGUGGCGUCGACGUCAUCGACAGUUCCAACCACAACUUACAGAGAAUGUUUGACAACCACAUCCAGACACGUGCCAGAGAAACCUGGCAGUUCUGCAUAAUUUCGUUUUUAAUUACUUCUUUGUUUGACUCCUUCAAAACGUCCGUCUCCACCAAAUGUGUGCCAGAGUUCGUGGAGAGUGUCAAACAGUGGGCUGACGACAAACUGACUCUCGUCAACUUCAGACCUCUUAUACUUUCCACCCUGAAACAAAUCAGCACCAGUACGUCUAUACUGACAGAGCCAGAGAAAUUCAAAGAGGAAAUAUCCGCGCUGGUGACGAAAUCCAACAGGGAACUGCCGUCAUAAACACAUUUCAAUGGCAUCCACAACAUAGUUGGAUGAAACUAACAACAGUUACCGCAAUGAUCAAACACGCCCGAAGGCUCUGACUACAGUUUUAACAAAAGUAUUAUAUAUGUAUGAUAUAGAAUAAAUAUAUGAGUUUGUAUAUGUGUGACCACAAUUUAAUAAACAAGUUAACUUUUAAA